AUGGUUUUGACUGAUGAUGAAGGGCAUAUUAAUGGUUAUAAUGCUGGUGCUGACGAUCAGGACGACGAAAACUCGUUCCAAUCAAGUGACGGUGAUCGAAAAAGUAAUUUCGAUCCUUAUCCUUUGUCAAGUAAGAACGAUCAAGAGGAGAUGAGUUGUUCAUUUGAUAACGAGAUGAAUUCGACGCAUGGCAGUGAACAUGGUGACGACGCUUUAUCGUCUUUCGAUUUGGAUGAAUCACUGCUUAAUUUUACCAGAACACAGUUAUCGUCUGCUUUAAAUAUAUCGUCUACAUCGAUGUCGUCCAAAAGAACAAGACUAUCGUUUAGUGAUUCACUUGAAACGUUUCAGCAACAAGAAGACCAGGAAGAUGAACAGCAAGAUAAAAUUAUAAUUUCUCGCACAUCAUCAAGUCGAAAAUCAGUUUUGAAAACAUCCAAGGGCCCGGUUAAUAUUGAGAAUGUUGGAUCAUGA